CCCCAGAUCAAGUCCCAGCAGAGCGAGGUGACCCGCAUCCUGGAUGGAAAGCGCAUCCAGUACCAGCUGGUGGACAUCUCCCAGGACAACGCCCUACGGGAUGAGAUGCGAGCGUUGGCAGGCAACCCCAAGGCCACUCCACCCCAGAUUGUCAACGGGGACCAGUACUGUGGGGACUACGAGCUCUUCGUGGAGGCGGUGGAGCAGAACACACUGCAGGAGUUCCUGAAACUGGCCUGAGCCAAGCCAGCUCAUUGGACCACAUUCCCCUCAGCCAUUGCCGGCCAUGAAGGACCUUGUGACCACUUCCCUGUCAUUCCUGACAUCCCGAUCUGGGCGUCCUCCCCCCGGCCCAGUUCCCAUCUCCCCUCUAACCAUAGCCCCCUUUCCCAUUCAUAAGCAACAUUCCUUACCUCCUAUUCUCAGAAAUUACUUUCACAGCCCCAAUGCUAGCUGCCCUCAGCCAGGCCCUGGGGCUGCCACUCUACCUGGCCCUGGCUGAUGGACCCCUUGGUUGGCUCCACUAGCCAGGGCUCUGCCAAAGGCCCCGCAAUCCCUGUCCCGGGAACAUCCCAGAGACAAUUAAAUGCCCCAUUCCAUUGGCA